GGCCAGAGUUGGGGUGGAGCGGUCUCCUCGGCAGGUUCUUGACCUCCUCUUGUGUCUCCUGAAUUCAAAGUCUAGAAAGCCUUGGAGAUGUCACUGGGAAGGUGUCCCUUACCCUCCUUUUCAUGGCCCACCCUAUCCCGUGAGCCCCUUCCCUAGGAAGCCUGGCCCUGGGGCAGGAGAAUGCCAGGCAGGGGUCUGAGAGUCAUCCCAAGCCUCCUGAGACCUCCUCGUACCCCAACUCAGGGACCUUUCACCAUUCCAGCUGCCUGGUUGCCACCAGCUGGAUUGGGGCAUGGUGGCCCCUUAACCUGAGGAGACUAGGGAGUCUCAAGAACGGGGACAUAGGAGCCUGGUGUCCCUAGCCUAUGGCCCCAUGCCACCUCCCCCAGGGAGGUUUUAGAUUCCUGAGAUGGGCAGGGGGUCAGAGAAGCCUUGGAGUUGGGAAAAACGGGGAAUAGAUGCCCUAUUUUGUCCCUUUCUCUGCCCUCUUCCUAGAUUGCCAAAGGAGGUGUUCUGCCAAUUUAGGGUGUUCAGUUAGCUGUCUGGAGCCUUCCUGUACUGGGCAGAGAGGGAGACCCCUGGGUAGAUGAGUCCAUGGAUUCUGACCUCACAGCUGUUCCCACGGCAGGCCAGCAGCCUCGAGGUUACCCUCCACUAAGCUGGGACUAGAUGUGGGGACCCGGAGUUGCCACCAAGGCCACUGUGUAGCCAAAUUGAGUGGCUGGACUCCACUAGGAGCUCUUGAACUCCAGGAACCCGGUGAAGCCAAAGAACAGUGCCCUCGCCCAAAAGUUGCACAACCCUUGUCACAGCACGUCAGGGCAUGAAGCACGUCUGGGCUGAGUGACAUCUCUGCGCCAGGGCAGUGCUCAGGCUCCCUGGCUCUCUCCCCAGGCCCUUCCUGCGGCUGUAGACAAAUGGACCUCAGUCUCCUGUCCUCCAAGUCCACCCCUGCCUCCUCACUCUGUGGCCAUGAGAGCUGCCUACCUCUUCCUUCUGUUCCUGCCCGCAGGCCUGCUGGCUCAGGACCAAUAUGACUUGGAUCCACUGUCCCCGUUCCCAGACAGUGUCCAGUACUCCCACUACAACGACCAGAUAGAUACCCAAGACUACUAUGAUUACCAAGAGGUGAGCUCUCGGUCCCCGGAGGAGCAGUUCCAGUCCCAGCAGCAGGUUCAGCAGGAAAUCAUCCCAGCCCCCACGCCAGAGCCAGGAAACACGGAGACGGAGCCCACUGAGCCUGGGCCUCUGGACUGCCGAGAGGAGCAGUACCCAUGUACCCGCCUCUACUCCAUCCACAAGCCUUGCAAGCAGUGUCUCAAUGAGGUCUGCUUCUACAGCCUCCGCCGCAUGUACGUCGUGAACAAAGAGAUCUGUGUCCGCACAGUGUGUGCCCAUGAGGAGCUCCUCCGAGCUGACCUGUGUCGGGACAAGUUCUCCAGAUGUGGUGUGAUGGCCAGCAGUGGCCUGUGCCAGUCUAUAGCAGUCUCCUGUGCCAGGAGCUGCGGGGGCUGCUAGGGUGGAGCUGGUCCCUGAGCCCUGGGCCCUGCACAGACCCUGCCUGACUGGUGCUUUCUCCCUGUCCCACCUCCCUCAUUCUGUAACCUGGCAGACUGCAGCCCCAGGGGUUGCACGCUCUGAUGCCAAGCCCCACUCCCCAGCCUGUGGCCACCCCUGGGGUGCAACAGGGGCUACUACCCAGGCUCUGCCCCCAAGUGGGGAGCACCCAAGGCCUCUCUGUGGGACACAGAUCUCUGGUGUGCCUUGUCAUCCCCCUAGGACAGUCUCUUGAGGCAGGCUAUGCCCCUUACCCUGGCUGGUCUGCCUGGAUCUCCUAUAACUCCCUGGGCAUGGAUCACCUCUGUUUUAUAUAAAAUUAAAAAUAAGUUUUUACAAAAGA